AUGUUAGUUUUUGUCGAGGUACGUGGUAGCAUACGUUCAGCCAAAAUUAUCUGGCAAGCGACAUCGGAUCAAACACAAGCUGAAGAAGAAGUGGUCGUACUGAAACAACGAAUCUAUACCAAACGAUUACCUCCAUCCUUUGGUGUUCUCGAUCAUUCGAUAGACAACAUCGAGCAAAUACUGACACGACCAGUUCUCGAUCAAGAUAAAUGUGCAAUAUUAUCAUCUCGCCGACUGAAAACGAUUGCUCAAUUCAAAUACGAUCUAAUGGUAUUGGCUAUUACAACAGCGGAAGAAACGGUUUGUAGUCACGCAAUGUAG